AUGGUAAGCCAGCCCGAUCUCUACGCACCAACUGCGCCUGCUGUACCACCUCAGCGCACUUUCUCCGGCAGGCACGACGAUGGCGCCGACUGCAUUCUGCAUCCCCAACACGCUUUCCGCAGCCUACUAACCCGCUCGACUUCGCAGGGCUGCUGUACCUCCACCCCGCGCCACUCCCCGUACCCCAACACCUCAGCGACCUCCCCCCACACGCCCGCCACAGCCGUCGACUCGUCCCGCGCAGCCAUAACAUCGCACCCCUCGUCGCCGCCAUCCCACCACACGCACUCCUUCGCCUCGACGCCGCGCCCCUCGCACGCCUCGCACCGCGGCCCCUUCACCACCUCCAACAAACCAAACACCCCGCUGCGUCUCCCGCCCCCGAACCUCGCCGUCCACACCCCGCACCGCGAGAGAUGGACGCGGAGACGGCUGGCCCGCGAGCGCGAGGCCUUCUUCGACACGCGCGUCUCCGGGCGCGCCGAGGUCUGGGGCGUCGUGCGCAUGCUGGUUGAGCUGCUGCAGGCUGGACAGAUCGGGUCCGCGCAGGGGGUGCUGGAUGCGGCCGGGUGCACGUGUCCGACGGGGGAGCUGUGGAGGGGGGGCGUGUGGGAUGAGAUGGGCGGGUUGUAUGAGGUGCCUGACUGGGUUGUGGUUGUGCCGGUGGAGGUUGUCGAGGAGGAGGACGAGGGCGGGGAGGUAGUGGAGGAGGAUAAGAGUGGGGGGAGCGAGGAGGAGGUGGGGGGCAGGGAGAAGGGGAAGGCGAGGGCGGUGGAGGUGGAGGCGGGGGAGGUGGUGAGGGUCAGAGCGAGGUUGAGUGAUAGGGGGACGGAUGUGUUGGUUAAGGUUGGGAAGGGGGAGAGGGUUGGAGGGGUGUUGGGGAGGAUACGAGAGGCGGUCGAUAUAUCAGAGCUGCAGAAACUCAAGAUAGCCUACCUCGGCAAGGUCCUGCUGGAGAAUGAAAGCUUGGCCGCUCAGGGCUGGCGCGAAGGUCACGUCGUGAAUGUUCUCGUGUUCCCACCAUCAUAA